AUGAGACCAGAAAUCGAACAAGAAUUAUCUCAUACUUUGUUAACUGAAUUGUUAGCUUAUCAAUUCGCUUCUCCUGUUAGAUGGAUUGAAACCCAAGAUGUCUUUUUAAAGCAACACAACACCGAAAGAGUCGUUGAAAUUGGUCCUUCUCCAACCUUAGCUGGUAUGGCUUCCAGAACUAUCAAGGCCAAGUACGAAUCCUACGAUGCUGCUCUUUCUUUACAACGUCAAGUAUUAUGUUACUCCAAGGACGCCAAGGAAAUCUACUACACUCCUGAUCCAGCUGAUAUUGCUCCACCAGCCGCCGCUGCUGCUGAAUCUGCUCCAGCUGCUGAAGCUGCUGCCCCAGUUGCCGCCGCUCCAGUUGCCGCUGCCCCAGCCGCCGCUGCUGCCGGUCCUGCUGCUUCCAUUCCAGAUGAACCAGUCAAGGCUUCCUUGUUAUUACAUGUUUUGGUUGCUCAAAAGUUGAAGAAGCCAUUAGAAGCUGUCCCAAUGGGUAAGGCUAUUAAGGAUUUGGUUAACGGUAAGUCCACUGUCCAAAAUGAAAUUCUUGGUGACUUAGGUAAGGAAUUCGGUUCCACUCCAGAAAAGCCAGAAGACACUCCAUUGGAAGAAUUGGCCGAACAAUUCCAAGACACUUUCAAUGGUCAAUUAGGUAAGACUUCUACUUCUUUGAUCGGUAGAUUAAUGUCUUCUAAGAUGCCUGGUGGAUUCUCCAUCACCGUUGCUAGAAAGUAUUUAGAAACCAGAUUUGGUUUAGGUGCUGGUAGACAAGAUUCCGUUUUAUUAGUUGCUUUAACCAAUGAACCAGCUAACAGAUUGGCCUCUGAAGCUGAAGCCAAGGCUUUCUUGGACUCUGUUGCCAACAAGUAUGCUUCCACUGCUGGUAUUUCAUUAUCUUCAGCUGCUCCAGCUGGCGGUGCCGGUGGUGCUGCUGGUGGUGCCGUUGUUGACAGUGCUGCUUUAGAUGCUUUGACUGCCGAGAACAAGAACUUGGCCAGACAACAAUUGGAAGUCUUGGCUAGAUACUUGCAAGUUGACUUGAACAAGGGUGCUAAAUCCUUCAUCAAAGAAAAGGAAGCUUCUGCCGUCUUGCAAAAGGAAUUAGACUUAUGGGAAGCUGAACAUGGUGAAUUCUACGCUAGCGGUAUCAAACCAACCUUCUCCCCAUUGAAAUCAAGAACUUAUGAUUCUUACUGGAAUUGGGCCAGACAAGAUGUUUUAUCCAUGUACUUUGACAUCAUCUUUGGUAAGUUAACUUCUGUUGACAGAGAAACCAUCAACCAAUGUAUUCAAAUCAUGAACAGAGCCAACCCAACUUUAAUCAAGUUUAUGCAAUACCACAUUGACCACUGUCCAGAAUACAAGGGUGAAACUUACAACUUGGCCAAGAGAUUAGGUCAAUUAUUAAUUGACAACUGUCAACAAGUUUUGAACUCGGAUCCAGUUUACAAGGAUGUCUCUAGAAUCACUGGUCCAAAGACCACUGUUUGUGCCAAGGGUAACAUCAACUAUGAAGAAGCCAACAAGGAAUCUGUUAGAAAGUUUGAGCAAUAUGUUUACGAAAUGGCUCAAGGUGGUAAGAUGACCAAGAUUGAACAACCAACCAUCCAAGAAGAUUUGGCUAGAGUUUACAAGGCUAUCACCAAGCAAGCUUCCAAGAGCAACAAGUUGGAAUUACAAAAGGUUUACGAUCAAUUAUUGAAGGUUGUUGAAUCCUCUACUGAGAUUGAAACUCAACAACUUACCAAGGAUGUUUUACAAUCAACUGCUACUUCCACCACUGUUUCUGAAGAUGAAUUAUCUACUGCUUCCGAUGAUGAAGACGACGAAAUUGCCUCAUUGCCAGACAGAACUUCUAUUUUGCAACCAGUUUCUUCCACCAUUCCAGCUCAAACUAUUCCAUUCUUGCACAUUCAAAGAAAGUCCAAGACUGGUUGGGAAUACGACCGUAAGUUAUCCGCCACUUAUUUGGACGGUUUAGAAUCUGCUGCCGUUAAUGGUUUAACUUUCAAGGACAAGUAUGUCUUGCUUACUGGUGCCGGUGUUGGUUCCAUUGGUGCUGAAAUUUUACAAGGGUUAAUCAGUGGUGGUGCCAAGGUUGUUGUCACUACUUCUAGAUUCUCCAAGAAGGUUACCGAAUACUACCAAAACAUGUACGCCAGAUAUGGUGCUGCUGGUUCUAUUUUGACUGUUGUUCCAUUCAACCAAGGUUCCAAGCAAGAUGUUGAAGCUUUAGUGCAAUACAUUUACGAUGAACCAAAGAAGGGUGGUUUAGGUUGGGAUUUGGAUGUCAUCAUUCCAUUUGCUGCUAUCCCUGAAAACGGUAACGGUAUUGACAACAUUGAUUCCAAGUCUGAAUUUGCUCACAGAAUCAUGUUGACCAACCUUUUGAGAUUAUUGGGUGCUGUUAAGGCCAGAAAGACCACUGACACUAGACCAGCUCAAUGUAUCUUGCCAUUAUCUCCAAACCACGGUACUUUUGGUUUCGAUGGUUUAUACUCCGAAUCCAAGAUUUCCUUGGAAACCUUGUUCAACAGAUGGUACUCUGAAGAUUGGGGUACCAAGUUGACCAUCUGUGGUGCUAUCAUUGGUUGGACUAGAGGUACUGGUUUAAUGAGUGGUAACAACAUCAUUGCCGAAGGUAUUGAAAAGUUGGGUGUUAGAACCUUCUCCCAAAAGGAAAUGGCUUUCAACAUUUUGGGUUUGUUGACCCCAGAAAUUGUCAAGUUGUGUCAAGAAGAACCAGUUAUGGCUGAUUUGAACGGUGGUUUACAAUUUAUUGAAAACUUGAAGGAAUUCACUUCCAAGUUGAGAACUGAUUUGACUGAAAACGCUGACAUCAGAAGAGCCGUUGCUAUUGAAUCUUCCAUUGAACAAAAGGUUAUCAACGGUGACAAUGUUGACGCCAACUACUCCAAGGUUACUGUUCAACCAAGAGCCAACAUGAAGUUUGACUUCCCAACCUUGAAGACUUAUGAUCAAAUCAAGGCUGUUGCUCCAGAAUUGGAAGGUAUGUUAGACUUGGAAAGUGUUAUCGUUGUUACUGGUUUUGCUGAAGUUGGUCCAUGGGGUAACGCUAGAACCAGAUGGGAAAUGGAAUCCAAGGGUGAAUUCUCAUUGGAAGGUGCUAUUGAAAUGGCCUGGAUUAUGGGUUUGAUCAAGUACCACAAUGGUAACUUGAAGGGUAAGCCAUACUCUGGUUGGGUUGAUGCCAAGACUCAAACUCCUGUUGAUGACAAGGAAAUCAAGGCCAAGUACGAAGAAGAAAUCUUGGACCACUCUGGUAUUAGAUUGAUUGAACCAGAAUUAUUCCAUGGUUAUGAUCCAAAGAAGAAGCAAAUGAUUCAAGAAAUUGUUGUCCAACACGAUUUGGAACCAUUUGAAUGUUCCAAGGAAACUGCCGAACAAUACAAGCACGAACAUGGUGACAAGUGUGAAAUCUUUGAAAUUGAAGACAGUGGUGAAUACACUGUUAGAAUCUUGAAGGGUGCUACUUUGUUCAUUCCAAAGGCCUUGAGAUUUGACAGAUUGGUUGCCGGUCAAAUUCCUACUGGUUGGGACGCUCGUACUUAUGGUAUUCCAGAAGACACUAUUAACCAAGUUGAUCCAAUCACUUUGUACGUCUUGGUUGCUACUGUUGAAGCUUUGUUGUCUGCUGGUAUCACCGAUCCAUAUGAAUUCUACAAGUAUGUCCAUGUUUCGGAAGUUGGUAACUGUUCUGGUUCCGGUAUGGGUGGUGUUUCUGCCUUGAGAGGUAUGUUCAAGGACAGAUAUGCUGAUAGACCAGUCCAAAACGAUAUCUUGCAAGAAUCCUUUAUCAACACUAUGGCUGCUUGGGUUAACAUGUUGUUGUUAUCUUCAUCUGGUCCAAUCAAGACUCCAGUUGGUGCUUGUGCUACUGCUGUUGAAUCUGUUGAUAUCGGUGUUGAAACUAUCUUGUCUGGUAAGGCCAAGAUUGUUAUUGUUGGUGGUUACGAUGAUUUCCAAGAAGAAGGUUCUUAUGAAUUCGCCAACAUGAAUGCUACUUCCAAUGCUGUUGAAGAAUUCAAGCACGGUAGAACUCCAAAGGAAAUGUCCAGACCAACUACCACUACCAGAAAUGGUUUCAUGGAAGCUCAAGGUUCCGGUAUUCAAGUUAUCAUGACUGCUGAUUUGGCUAUUAAGAUGGGUGUUCCAAUCCAUGCUGUUUUGGCCAUGACUGCUACUGCCACUGAUAAGAUUGGUAGAUCUGUUCCAGCUCCAGGUAAGGGUAUCUUGACCACUGCCAGAGAACACCACGGUGACUUGAAGUACCCAUCUCCAUUGUUGAACAUCAAGUACAGAAAGAGACAAUUGGCCAAGAGAUUAGAACAAAUUAAGGCUUGGGAAGAAGGUGAAAUCAACUACUUGCAAGAUGAAGCUGAAUUGACCAAGGAAGAAUAUGGAGAUGAAUUCUCUAUCAAGGACUUUAUGAGAGAAAGAACUGAAGAAAUCCACCGUGAAGCCAAGAGACAAAUUGCUGAUGCCAAGAAGCAAUGGGGUAACCACUUCUACAAGUCUGAUCCAAGAAUCGCUCCAUUGAGAGGAGCCUUGGCUACUUUCAACUUGACCAUUGAUGAUAUUGGAGUUGCUUCAUUCCACGGUACUUCUACUGUUGCUAACGAUAAGAAUGAAUCUGCUACUAUCAACAGUAUGAUGCAACACUUGGGUAGAUCUGAAGGUAACCCAGUCUUUGGUGUUUUCCAAAAGUACUUGACUGGUCAUCCAAAGGGUGCUGCUGGUGCUUGGAUGUUGAACGGUGGUAUUCAAAUUUUGGAAUCUGGUAUUGUUCCAGGUAACAGAAAUGCCGAUAAUGUUGAUAAGUUAUUGGAACAAUUUGAAUACGUUUUGUAUCCAUCCAGAUCCAUUCAAACUGAUGGUAUUAAGGCUGUUUCCGUGACUUCGUUCGGUUUUGGACAAAAGGGUGCUCAAGCUAUUGUUAUUCAUCCAGAUUACUUGUAUGCUGUUUUGGAUCAAAGUACUUAUCACGAAUAUGCUGCCAAGGUUACUGCUAGAAACAAGAAGACCUACCGUUACAUGCACAAUGCUAUUACUAGAAACACUAUGUUUGUUGCUAAGGACAAGGCUCCAUACUCUGAUGAAUUGGAACAACCAGUUUACUUGGAUCCAUUGGCUCGUGUUGAAAGCUCCAAGCAACAACAACUUGUUUUCUCUAACAAGUCUAUUCAAAACAACAAGUCUUAUGUUAGUGAAGUUGCUGACAAGACUGCCAAGGCUUUGACUUCCUUGACCAAGUCUUCCAAGGGAGUUGGUGUUGAUGUUGAAUUACUUUCUGCCAUCAAUAUGGAGAAUGAAACGUUUAUUGAAAGAAACUUUACUGAUGCUGAACGUGAAUACUGUCAAAAGUCUUCAUCUCCACAAGCUUCAUUCACCGGUACCUGGUCUGCCAAGGAAGCUGUGUUCAAGGCUUUAGGUGUUGAGUCCAAGGGUGCUGGAGCUUCUUUGAUUGACAUUGAAAUCAUUCGUGAUGCCAAUGGUGCACCAAAGGUUUUCUUGAAUGGUGAAGCCAAGGUUGCUGCUACCAAAGCUGGUGUUAAGAAUGUCAAUGUUUCUAUUUCACACGAUGACUUCCAAGCCACUGCUGUUGCUUUAAGCGAAUUCUAA